AUGGACGAAUCGCCGCGUGGCAAGGCACGGGUUAAGCGAUUGGACUUUAGGUCCCUUGGGCGGAGGCGCAACACGUCGGCCGUGCACGUGUCCAUCGAGAAGGAUCAGACCAUCACCGACCUCAAGCAGUUCCUACGGCCCGGCGCCGCCGCCGCCACUGCUGGCGGUCGCCGGGCCGCCUUUGACCAGGAGCAGGACAACGACGGCCUGGCCGAGGAGCUCACCAGCAGCUCGUCGGAGAGCGAAGACGAGCAGCGGCAGGUGGCCCAGCUCGAGGCCACCAUCGAGCAGCUCAAGAAGGAGCUCGACGAGCUGCGACGCGAGCUCGCCGACAAGGAGCAGGCCGUCCAGGCCAUGAAGGCCGGCGGCGAGCUCGCAGCCGCCCAGCUCGCGGCGGAGCACGGGCGCGAAGUGGAGCGCCUGGCGGCCGAGCGGGCCGCCGCCGAGGAGCUCGGCCACCAGCGACGCCGCGAGGCCGAGGCACUCGUCGAAGGCGUGCAGCGGCGCGUCAACAAGAAGGAGAAGCAGCUGGACGACGUGCGACACGAGCUGCGCGCGCUUCGCGACCAGCAUGACCGCGCGACGGCGCGCGCCGACGAGCUGGCCCGGAGCGCCGAUGCGCUGCGCGAGCAGUUGGCCGCCGCCCGCGCGCAGCUCGAGGACAGUGAGCGCAAGCGGCAGGUCACCGAGCGGGAGCUGCAGGCCGCCACCAGCAGCCUGCCCGAGGUGGCCGCCUCGCUGGCCACCGUGGCCCGCUCGAGCGCCGACCUCGGCCGCACCCUGGGCGAGAAGGAGGUGGUCAUCCUGCGCCUGCUUGACGAGAAGAAGGGCGCCGAGGCCGAGCGCGACCGGGAGCGGGCCGACAGCGAGCGCCAGCACCGCGAGAGGGAGGCCCGCCUCGAGAGCGAGUGCGCGCGUGCCGACGCCGCCGAGGCCGCGCUGGCCGGCCUGCGCGGGCGGCUCGAGGAGCUCGAGGCCCGGGCGGAGGCCGACCGACGGGCGUUCGGUGAAGCGGAGGCCAGGUUCGUGGCUGCGGAGGGCGAGCUGGGCCGGGCGACGGCAGCGCGCGACGAGCAAGAGGCGGAGCUCCGGCGGGCCGGGGAGCAGGUCGACGGCCUGGCCAGGGCGCUGGCAGAGGAGCGGGCGCGCGUGGAGGCGACCAAGGAGGAGCUCCGGAGCCAAUUGAGCGAAUCGGCCGACGCGAUUAGCCGAUUGGAGGAGAGGCUCGAAGAGGCGCGCAGGCAGGCGGAGGGUGCGGCGCAGGAGGCGGCGGCCCACAGGCUGCGGGCGGAUUCGGCCGAAGCUGCGACCAGGAAUCUGGAGCAGCUGUUGGCCUCCCGGGAAUGCCAGGAAGGCGCGGAGCGCAGCCGGAGGGUCCUGGAACUGGAGUCGCAGCUGAGCGAGUUCGCGCAACGCGUCGAGCGCGCCGAACUGAGUGCCGACGAGGCCAGACGCUGGCUUGAAGCCCGCACCGAAGAGCUGGACCAGCUCCGGGAGGAGAUGGCGCGGGCCACGCUGGAGGCCGAGGCGCGGGAGCAGGCCCGGCACGAGCGUGCGGAGCAGGAGACGGCCGAGCUGCGACGCGCGAUCGAAUCCCGGCAGACGCUGCUCGCCGAGUUCGAAGCGCUCAGGACCGAUCACGGCCGCCUUCGCGAGGAGAAGGACCGGCUCGAGGCCGCCACCGAGGCAGCCCAUGAGCGCGCUGAGACGCAGCGGCGGGAGCACGACGCCCGGCGCGCGGAGCUAGAGAGCGAGCGCAAGAGGCUCGCUGGAGAGGCCGAGCGGCUGGAGAAGCAGGCGGAGGGCCUGCGGGCCGAGCGCGACGGUGCGCUCGACCGGCUGAAGGGGAAAGAAGCCGAGCUCGCGGAGCUGCAGGCCCAGCAGGCCGGCAUGGUUGGCCUGGGGCGUGCGCACGCCGAGGAGGUGGAGGAGCGGCUGCGGCGAGAGCGCGAGGCGAUGCAGGGCGAGGCGGAGCGACUGCGGGGCGAGAACGACGGGCUGGCCCAGCAGCUGGCCGCUGCCACGGCCGACCAGGCGCGGCUCCGCCAAGAGAUGGAGCGACUGGAGGAGCGGACCCGGGCGGCCGACGAACGCGCCCAACAUGAGCGGGGCGAAAGCGAAAUGGAGAGGCAGCGGCUCGCGCACGAGAGCGAGACCGCCGCGAGCGAGGCGAGGCGACUCGCAGAGAGAGCGAGCGCGGCGGAGGAAGAGGCGAAGCGCCUGCGGGGCGAACUGGAGCGAAAUGCGGGUGAAUUGGGCGAAGCCCAGAAGCACAACCAGGAGCUGCAGAGCCUGUGCGACGGCAGGGCAAGCCAGCUGGAGCGCGAGGGCGAAGAGCUGGUGCGACUGCGGGGCGAAAACGAGGCGGCGUGCUGCGAACUCGAGCGCGCUAGGGCGGACCUGGCCCUAAUCCGCAAGGAGCACCACCGGCUCGAGACCGAUGCCCGAGCCGCGAACGAGCGCGCCGAGCUGCAGGCCCAGGGGCACGAAAGGGAGCGGAAUGCGCUGGCGCGCGGGCAUGCCGAGGAAUGCCAACAAUUGAGAGACGAGCUGAAGCGGCGAGAGGUCGAGUCCAACGAACUGCGGUCACGAACGGAGAGCCUCGAGCUGCAGCUCAACGACGCGAAGAAGGCGAAAGACGACGGCGACGAGCGGGCGGUGGCCGAGGUGAACGAGCUGCGGGCCGAGCUCAAGCAGAAGGAGGCCCAGCUCGCGGCGGCGGUCGGGCGCGCAAGUGCGAGCGAGGCGCGGGAGAAGGAGCAGCAGCGGGCGGCCGCGGAGCGGGAGGAGGAGCUGGCCCGCAAGGUGGCCGUCGAACGCGUCGACGCCGACCGCUGGCGUGCCAAGUGCGACGAGCACCAGGCCGAGAGCGAGCGCGCCGACGACCGGCGGCGCCGGCUCGAAGAGCGCCUGCGCUCGGCCCGCGCCGACACCGAGCGCCUGCAGCGCGCGCACGACGAGCAGGCAAGGGGCGAGACCGAGGCCGGCGCCGAUGAGAAGGCGGAGGGUGAGCGCAGCGAGGAGGAGCAGCGGCUGCGCGAGCAGGUGCGGGAGAUGCAGGAGCGCGAGAAAGCGAUGAAGGUGCUGCUGGUCGAAUCGGAGGAGGACAUCGACAAGCUCGAGGAGGAGCUAAGCGAGGUCAAGCGCAGGCGCGAGGACCUGCGGACCGAGCGCGACGCGCUGAUGGGCCUAGUCGAGCAGCUGCGCCGCGAGCGGGAGGACGAGUCGCGCAAGCUCAAGCUCGCCGCCCUCGAGGCGCGCCGACGCGACGACGAGAUCCAGCGCCUCCGCGCCCAGCGCCGCGAGUCCGACCGGCGCAUGACCGACGAACUGCAGAGCCUCCGCACUGCCCAGCAGCAGCAGCAGCAGCAGCAAAAGCCACAGCAGCAGCAGCAGAGCGAGGAGCGCGCGUCGAUGGAUGUCAACGGCGGCGACGACACGGUCGACAGUAGUGAGCCGUCACAGCAGCAGAAGCGACGGGCGCCACACGCGGCGGCUGGGAGCGACGUCGAGGGCUACGUGGGCGCCAUCGACAUCCACGCGCGCCCGCACUCGCCCAUGUCCUCGCGUCGGGUGGCGUUGGACGGCGAGGCGGCCGCGUCGCCGCCGCGCGGCAUCGCCAAGCAGAUGUCGGAGCGCUUCGAGAAGAUGUCGGCUAAGACCCGCGCAUCGCCGCCGGCCUCAUUCUCAUCGCCAUCAUCACCAUUGUCGUCGUCGUCGCCAUCGUCGCCAUCGUCAUCCGGCGGCUCCUACUCCUCCCGCACCCUGCCCAGGUCGGCCUUCUCCGCGUAUCAAACUGCUCUCCGCGACGAGGGCGCCGGCACGACUGCCAACGGCCAUGCCGAUGGCGCCGACGACGUGGCGGCGGGCGAGAACGGGAAGAGCGGCGGCAGCGGCGGCGAUGGCGGUGGUGAAGGCCUGCGGUCGUGGGCACGCAUGCGGCGGGUGGACUACAAGGCCGUCGCCGCGCAGAGGAAGGGCUCCUCUGCCGCCUCUUCACCACCGCAGCCCUCGGCCUCGUAA